AUUCUCAAUUAUAUACCUGCAGAGUCCAGACCAACCGCUUAACACCGACAUCAUCUACGCUUGCCUUUCGCCACCUUCAAGUUGAACGCUGCGACCUAGCCUUGUUAUCCUGCAAUGGGUAAUUGCUGUUCUCAAAAUGAGAGGGGAAAUGGCAGUCCCAAACCCCCUCACCGAGUUGAUUUCAAAAUCGAGCCGUAUAAUAUUCCCGCGACAGAAAUCACAAAACUUGGGUUGUUUCCAAGUGGUACGAGAGCACUCGGUGAUGUCUGGAAGUGUUCAUGGUCUCGACGAUCUCAGGAUUCUGAGGUUGCGGUCCAAUUAGUUAGGGUUCCUCAAGCAAACGACACGGAACUGGUGAAUAGGACGAGCAAGAGGAUUCGUCGCGAGGCUUAUGUUUGGAUUACCCUAGAGCAUGACAAUAUUCUUACUUUCAAUGGUGUUGUUGAUGGCUUUGGGCCACUCCCUGCCCUAGUUUCUCCAUGGAUGGACAAUGGAUCGCUCGAUGAUUAUCUGAAAAGGGAACGUGUUCCUUCCAAGGCCGACAAAACCAAUGUUCUAAUGAGUGCCGAUGGGAAGCUUCAUCUUGCAGACUUCGGUCUCUCGAUGAUCCUUUCGGAAGCACAAAACUCCUUCAGUCCGUGCCAUCCAGGGAAUGUGCGGUGGAUGGCGCCUGAGAUACUUGCUAUACCUGAGCAAGGGGAGGUGGCGAAAUCAACCAAAGCCGCCGAUGUUUACUCAUAUGGUUGCAUCAUGCUUCAGCUGUUUUGUGGACGUGCGCCUUACCUCUGGCUAACGCAAGCGAACCACAUUAUUCGCAGGAACAGAACCCUUCCGUCAAUUCACUGAUAUCGAAGCGGUACACAAGGAGUAUUCGUUGAAAUGCAUAUCUGUCAGAUCCGGAGAUCGACCAGUGGCUUCUGCGACUGUAAAGUCCUUAGGAGCAGAGUAACAACAAUACGAUGAACUAGCCUAGGAUGCUGUGUACUUGGAACAACAUUUAUGUGUUUCCCAAUUUAUUACUGCCUUGUUACAUACACUAUGAGGACUGGUAUUGCAUGUAGUCUACUAGCGCAUUAGUAUUGCUCCUACAUAAAUACAAAUACAGCCAGUG